AUGGCCCGAUGGCGUGGCUGCUCUUUGGGGUGGCAGACAGCGGCCUUCCCCUGCCUGGUGGUCUGCUACAUCCUCUUUUUGGUCCUGGGGGGGCUGGUGUUCAGGGCGCUGGAGAUGCCCUUGGAGAAGAAACUGCAGGUGGAGGUGGGAGAACUGUGGAGGACUUUUCUGAAGGAGAAUCCAUGUGUCCAGGAAUCCAAACUGCAACAUUUGCUGGGAAAAGCCCUGUCUGCCCAUCACACCAACGUGGCCGUGCUCCAGGCUGAAAAAGACGAGAGGCACUAUGACUUCACAUCAUCGCUGUACUUUGUCAUCGUCACCCUCACCACCAUGGGUUCCGAUGUGUACUACCCCCAGUCAGAUGAAUCCAAAUUCUUCUGUCUGGUCUACUGCGUCAUCGGCAUCCCACUGACCCUGUUCCUCUUGGGGCUCCUCUCAGAGACCCUCCUCCUGCCUAUGGUCACCUACACCCCUGUCAGACACCUCCACUCAUUCUGGGGCCUGUCCCUGUCCCAGGCUGCCCUGCUCCACGCCUUUGUGCUCUCGGUGCUGGUGCUGGGUUUGCUCUUCCUCCUCCCUGCCGUCCUCAUCUCCGCUGUAGAGCCAGACUGGAGCUUCCUGGAUGCCCUCUUCUUUUGUUUUGUGGUCCUAAGCACAGUGGGACAAAGUGGGUGUGCUCUGGGGAUGAACUGGAGCCUGAAUGCAAGGGAGGCGCUGGAACUAUUCACUACAUGUUACCUGUUGCUUGGUUUGAUGGUGAUUUUUACUCUGAAAAAGACCAUUCUGGAGGUGCCCCAGGUGCAGGCCAUGCUCCGGCUCUUUCGCCAUGAGCUUAGCUUAGAGAGUGUGGAGCGUGCAGAGGAGGAGCUGCAGUACUCCACAGCCGUCUGUACCAUAUCCUCAAGUGUAUGA